AUGGCUUAUAGCAAUUCAAAAUUUGUAAGAUUCCAAGAUGAUGUUGAGUUAGCAAAUCUGCCAACAGUUAAUGGAGAUAAUUUGAUUAAGCUCAAGUACAAGAUUGACGGAUCACGAUUUCCAGAGCCGAGUUCUAGGAAGGUUGAAAUGGGUGCUGUCAAGAGUGGAAAAUCGUUGAAAGCUAAAGUAUUAUCCCGAGUAUUCUCUGAGGACUAUGAAAGAGUGAAGAAAAAGAUAUUAGAUCCUUGUGGACCUACUAUUCGUAGGUGGAACAAAAUAUUCUUAGUAGCUUGUUUAGUAUCGUUGUUUGUUGAUCCUCUAUUCUUUUACUUGCCAGUAGUCGACGAAAAUGUUUGCAUAAACAUUGGAUUUACUCUUGAAUUUGUCCUCACAAUUAUAAGAUCAAUUGCGGAUAUCUUUUACAUGGUUCAGAUUUUUGUCAAGUUUCGUACAGCAUAUGUUGCUCCUUCUUCUCGUGUGUUUGGACGAGGAGAGCUCGUGAUAGAUUCCUCGAAGAUAGCAAUAAGGUACUUGAAGAAAAGUUUCUGCCUCGAUGUCAUUGCUGCCCUGCCCCUUCCUCAGAUGUUAAUUUGGGGUAUUAUACCUAGCCUGAGCGGCUCGACUAUGGCAAACACGAAAAAUGUCCUCCGGUUCUUUAUCAUAUUCCAGUACCUCCCUAGACUAUAUCUUAUAUUUCCACUUUCAUCGCAAAUUGUCAAGGCUACCGGAGUUGCGACUCAAACUGCAUGGGCUGGAGCUGCUUACAAUUUGAUGCUCUACAUGUUGGCAAGCCAUAUUUUAGGGGCUUGCUGGUACCUUCUCUCUAUCGAAAGGCAGGAAGCAUGCUGGAGACAGACGUGCAGUCUCGAGAGUCCAUCUUGCCAGAAUACAUAUUUUGAUUGCCACAGGGUUACAGAAUCUGGUCGAGAUGCCUGGUUUCAGUCAAGCAAUGUCACAAACCAAUGCAAUCCGGAUAGUAACUCUUAUCCAUUUGGCAUUUUUGGUGGCGCUGUGACGUCCAAUGUUACCUCGGCUCUGUUUUUCAACAAGUACUUCUAUUGUCUCUGGUGGGGGUUGAAGAACCUUAGUUCUCUGGGGCAAAAUCUUUCGACUACCACGUAUGUUGGAGAAAUAAGUUUCGCCAUUGUAAUUGCGACUCUUGGUCUCGUUCUCUUUGCCUUGCUCAUUGGUAAUAUGCAAACUUAUCUCCAAUCAACAACAGUUAGAUUAGAGGAAUGGAGAAUUAAGAGAACUGAUACAGAACAAUGGAUGCAUCAUAGACAGCUACCUCAAGAGUUACGGCAGUCUGUACGUAAGUACGAUCAAUAUAAAUGGGUGGCUACAAGAGGAGUCGAUGAGGAGGCUUUACUUCAAGGCCUUCCUUUGGAUCUUCGAAGAGAUAUCAAGCGCCACCUCUGUUAUGACCUUGUUCGACGAGUGCCACUAUUUGAUCAAAUGGAUGAAAGAAUGCUGGAUGCUAUAUGUGAGAGGCUUAAACCUGCAUUAUGCACCCAAGGUACUUGUCUAGUGCGCGAAGGCGAUCCAGUUAACGAAAUGCUAUUCAUAAUUCGCGGGAACCUCGAUUCUUACACAACAAAUGGUGGUCGUACGGGGUUUUUCAAUUCAUGCCGGAUUGGUCCUGGUGACUUCUGUGGUGAGGAACUCCUAACAUGGGCUCUUGACCCGCGUCCAAGUGUCAGUCUCCCUUCUUCGACUCGCACUGUCAAAGCCAUAUGUGAAGUCGAGGCUUUUGCUCUCAGAGCAGAAGACUUAAAGUUUGUAGCGGCACAGUUUCGAAGACUACACAGCAAAAAACUAAGGCACAAGUUCAGAUUCUACUCCCACCAAUGGCGAACGUGGGCUGCGUGUUUUAUACAAGCAGCAUGGAGAAGGUACAAGAAACGGAAGAGUGCAGCCGAACUCCAGGCUUUAGAGAAUUUAGUCAAUGACACAGAAUCAUCGAACGGACAAAUGGACGGGAACGCCCCUCCGGGUUCUGGCUUUGCCAUUCAUGCAGCAAGAUUGGCUGCUAAUAGAAGAGGUCACCACAAGCACUCAGGAUCAGACUCCAGUGCAGUAAAUUCAUUGCAGAAACCCGCCGAACCUGAUUUUUCUGUAGAUGAUGAAUGA